AUGGAUCCAGAGAAGCAAGUGGUGGUGGCAAGAGCCACAAACACCAGCCAGACCAAGGACAUGUAUAGCAGCAUUAGUCAAAGAGGAGUCCUCAGCUGCAACCGCAACCUUACUCGAGAGGUCGGUGAUUCGGAGGACGAGGGGGGAAGUGUUUCCCCAGAUUCAGAGGAGGAAGAGUAUGAGAAGGAAGCUUCAUCUUCACACUUCAGGCUGUCAAUAGAAGAGCCUCAGACUGUGCGGGACGGUGUCGUCCUUCCAACAGAUAAAAGUUUUUCCUGCCCUGAGUGCGGGAAGUGGUUUUCAAACAAGUAUACACUUUCAAUACAUCAGAAAUCUCACACAGAUGAGAAGCCAUAUUCCUGUCCUGAGUGUGGGAAAUGUUUUGGACAAAAAUCAAAUCUUGUCACACAUCAAAGGACUCACAGUGGGGAGAAGCCAUAUUCCUGUCCUGUGUGCGGGAAAUGUUUUUCCAAGAAAUACCAUCUCAACACGCAUCAGAAAUUGCACACGGGAGAGAAGCCGUAUUCCUGUCCUGAGUGUGGGAAAUGUUUUGUACAAAAAUCAGGUUUUGUUACACAUCAAAUGUCUCACACGGGAGAAAAGCCGUAUUCCUGUACUGAGUGCGGGAAACGUUUUUCAUUUAAAUCACAUCUUGUCACACAUCAACGUUCCCACACGGGGGAGAAGCCUUUUUGCUGUUCAGAGUGCGGGAAAUGUUUUUUAGUUAAGUCCACUCUUAAUUAUCAUCAGAGACUGCACACGGGUGAGAAGCUAUAUACCUGUUCUGAGUGCGGGAAAUGUUUUGUAAAAAAUUCAAUACUUGUUGCACAUCUGAGAUCUCACACGGGGGAGAAGCCAUUUUCCUGUCCUGAGUGCGGAAAAUGUUUUUCAGACAAGUCCUCUCUUUACACACAUCAGAGAUCGCACACAGGUGUGAAGCCACAUUCCUGUCCUGAGUGCGGAAAAUGUUUUUCAGUGAAGUCCCAUCUUUACAGACAUCAGAGAUCGCACACAGGGAAGAAGCCGUAUUCCGGUCCUGAGUGAGGGAAUUGUUCCUCACUGAAGUCCUGUCUUCCUGUACAUCAGGGGAUCCCACACAACCCUUGAGGUGUAUUAGUGCCUUGAGUGUGGGAAAUGUCUUCUAUAUGAAUGUUGCUGGACAUCAUAGCUCUCGCUGCUAGAGCUGUUUUUACACACAUGUUGGGCCUUAAGAUUUGUUAAAACCCCCAAACAUAUAUUUUCUUAAAGCCCAGACCCUGGAAAAUAAAAUGGUGGUAAUUGUAAAGGGGUUCCUCGUACACAAAUGUCACCUUAAUAUCCAGGUUUAUAUUCUCCUUUUUCCCCAUUUCCUAUGCUGUGAUCUUUUCUACAAUACUUUGUUAUAAUAAUGUAACACAUUGUGUAUUGUAUUGUAUUGUACACAAAUUAAUAACGACUCCGCCUCCACAUUCCAAACAAGUAGUUUUCCUGACCAAUCAGAUUUCUAGCUUUACUAUUUCCUGAUUUUAUGGCUGCAAUCUUGUUAUAAGUAAAAAUAUAAUAAAAAAAAAAUUACUGGAUUAAAAGACAAAAAUAUUGAAAAGGAAAUAAUGUUUGACGUAUCAAUGUGAGAUAUAUAGAAGGUUGCACAAUUAUAAUCUCUCAUGCAAGAUAAAGGUAAUACUCUAAAUGCA